UUUUUCAUAUUACAGGAGCUGUCUUGGCGAGUCGUUUGUCAGAGAUAGAAGACUGGAACGUACUCCUUUUGGAAGCAGGUGGCGAUGGAAGCGUUAUAUAUGAUAUUCCUCUUCUUGUCGCCAAUCUGCAGCUCACCGAGAUCGACUGGAAAUACACGACAGAGCCCAAUCCAAAUUACUGUAGAGCGAUGGAGGGGGGUCGCUGCCUGUGGCCACGUGGCAAAGUGAUCGGAGGCAGCAGCACGAUAAAUUACAUGCUCUAUGUUCGUGGUAACAAAAAAGAUUACGACAUCUGGGAACAACUGGGCAAUCCGGGAUGGUCCUACAAGGACGUUCUGAGUUAUUUCAAAAAAUCGGAAGACAAUCGCAAUCAGAACUACAGCAAGACUCCGUAUCAUUCGACGGGAGGUUACUCGUACCAUUCAAGAGGGGGUUACCUAACUGUCGAAGAAUCAAAAUGGCACACAC